GCGGUACACAGUCUUUCUGGGACUUCACAGGUUUCAUGAAAGUAAUGGAGUACAGCAUAUAGAUGUGGAACAAGCAUUUCCACAUGAAAACUACAAUGAAACUGACAAUUUAAAAAAUGACAUAAUGCUUCUUAAGUUGAGCUCCAAGGCAACUUUCAGUGAAAAAGUGAAACCCAUUGCUCUCGCAGAUGGAGGUGAUGACUCUCUGCCAAAAUCAUGUAGCAUCUCUGGCUGGGGACGUACAAACAGGGAAAUAAAAUAUAUGUCUCUUGUACUCAUGGAAGCCAAUGUAACACUCAUUGAUGAUGAGCAGUGUGCUAAGGAAAACUUGUACUGCUCUGAGGGAGAGACUGGACCGGGUGAG